CGAUUGUCGAUUUUCUGAUAGCGAAAAAAGUUCUCGAUAGCAAGAUCAAUACCACUUCUCAAUUCCACACCACAACGUCAAGAUGUUGCGACAAAUGUAAGCAAUAUCUUCUGUCAUAUAAUUGACACUUGAUGCUAACCUUCCCAGCAAACCUCGCAAUGCACGCAGCAAACGCGCCCUCGACAAAAAGGCCCCAAAGCCCACCGAAAACCCCAAAACCGCCCUCUUCCUCCGCGGCACAACCUGCUCCCAAAUAGUCCAAGACGCUCUCACCGACCUGUACCAACUGCGCAUUCCACUUGCCAAGAAAUUCACAAAAAAGAACGCCGUCCACCCCUUCGAAGACUCUGCCUCUCUCGAGUUCUUCUCCGAGAAGAACGAUGCCUCGAUCCUGGUCUUCGGUUCUUCAAGCAAGAAACGCCCACAUACCAUCACUCUCGUCCGAACGUUUGCGUAUAAGGUGUUAGAUAUGCUAGAGCUGUAUCUUGAUCCCGAGAGCUUCAGGAGGUUGAAUCAAUUUAAGAACAAGAAGUGUGCGGUCGGAUUAAAGCCUAUGCUCUUGUUCGCAGGAACGCCGUUUGAGAACCCGGUUAGUGAUGAGUAUACAAUGGCUAAGAGCUUCUUUACGGAUUUCUUCAAGGGCGAGCCUGCGGAUAAGGUGGAUGUUGAGGGGCUGCAGUAUAUUGUGAGCAUUAGCACGAGGGAUAGUGUGGAUGGAGAGGAGAGCAAGCCGAGUGUGCAUUUGAGGGUUUAUCUCAUUCGUACAAAGAGAAGUGGACAGAAGUUGCCAAGGGUGGAGGUUGAGGAGAUGGGCCCGAGGAUGGACUUUAGAGUUGGUAGGGUUAAGGAGGCUGAUGAGGAGACAAUGAAGGAGGCACUCAGGAGGGCAAAGACCAGUCAGGAGAGGCCAAAGAAGAAUAUCUCGACGGAUAUUGUGGGUGAUAAGAUUGGAAGGAUCCAUCUUGGCAAGCAGGAUUUGAAGGAGUUGCAGACCAGGAAGAUGAAGGGGCUGAAGAGGAGCAGGGAUGUUGCUGAUGAGGAGGACGAGGAUGAAGAGGAUGUUGUGAGUGAUGAGGAGCCCGUCAAGAAGCCAAAGAAGGCUUGAGAUAUAUCACGGAUUGCAUCAGCACGGUGUUUGGAGUUAAGGCUGGCUCUCGCCAAGGAAAAUGCUCUAUGAAUCUUUUUUUCUGUGUGCAUGGAAAGGGAAGGUAGAAGCUGCCACCUGGCAAAUUUCAGUAGACUAAGUAAAGUCCAUGGUCCGGAAUGAACCAGUGACAAUAGAGAGGAUUGCGGCCCUGGAUGAACAGGCCCAUCUGUUGAACUAGCUAGCUUGGCUAGCAUCCUUUCCUUCCACUCCAGGUUCAACCACUAAUUCAGUUCGUCCGAUUAUUGGGUAUUACUUACGUACGAACACACCAAUCGUUUAUUAGUAUCGCCAUUCGAUUACGUUCCUUAAACGUGCGUUCAGGAAUCAGAUUGGUAAAUCGUUCCCACCACCAAGUAAGUGCGGGGUAAAUCACAUGGUGGGGUGGAAAUCAGGAAUAUAGCUAGGGAACCCAUUCCCUCUGUUUUUUAUGGAAUCACUCU